AUGCUUAAACGUUUAACAAAAGCAAAUGAAGAAAUUGUUGAAAUACUUCUUGGAAAUAAUUUCGUGAUAGAAGCACUUCAUUUCUGUAUAGAACAUAUACCAAUAACACGAGCAUUAGCACGUAAACUUUUAGAAGCAGCAUUAAAGUCGGAUGAACUUUUAUCAUCAACAACAUCAAAUCAAAAACUUCUUUUCUUUACUGUUUAUACAUUUUUUGAAGAAUAUUUUCAACGUACAACAACCAUAAGUGCAUUAGCUCAAUUACCAAAUAAUAAUGAACAAAAAGAUGACCUUGUAAUGUUUAAAACAUUAUUUAAUUUACAUUUUCGUAAUCUAGAUACAGAUGUUGCUAAUAUUCAGUGA